CGUGGGAUCCUCGUGUGACGUGGGGAAAAGUAAACUUGUGUUCAGCUGAGUCUGAGCUCGGGUCCACCUCCCCUCACAGUCCGGGUCUGAGACUCAGUGCAGGGUGAUGUGGGUCACUGUCGAUCCCGCACAAUCCGCUUAGAAACGCAUCGUGGACUCUUGUAUUCUCAGGCUGUCGUGGGGCAGAAGGCAGACCUGGACCUGGUCAUGGAGAAGAACUUAAGUCCAGGCUGGUUUGGAGUUUUUCUCUCUGCAGCGACCCUGCUGAUCCUCCUGGGGAGUCCAGGCAGCGCUCAGCAUCCAAGACGCCAGAUCCAUCGCUCCACCAGGACCUCUGAGCCUCUUGUGAUACCGGCUCACAUCUCCAGGAUUUAUCUGACUCCAGAUCAGCUCAGGCGGCUCCACUUCAAGCCCACUGUGGGCACCAUCCAGCUGUCGGAGGGGCAUGAGGUCAAGUUCAACUGCUCCAUCGACAUCCCCGAUGCCAGGCUGGAGCCCACCAUCGUCUGGGUGAAGAACGGUCUGGACCUGGCAGCUAACAUGCAGGUGGUGAUCAACGAGCUGCAGACCACCACAGACGGGGUCACGACUCUCCUCUCCACCGUCAACAUUAACCGCGUGCAGAGAGGAGACGCUGGGGAGUACUGCUGCAGACUGAGCGUCAGCACCAGACUGGUGGAGUCUCUACCCAUCACCCUGGAAGUGGAAGGUCUACCCACGUUUCUGGCCCAACCGGAGGACAUGAACGUGACGAGGAACACGCCGUUCACGCUCUCGUGUGACGCUGUAGGACCCCCGGACCCGGUCCAGAUCCGCUGGCUUCGUGAUGGAUUACCUGAUAGUGACUUUCACAACUCUCCCAGCAGCUACUCCAUCUCAGGUGUGGACAAGUACACUCAGUUCAGCUGUGAAGCAUACAACUCCAAGGGAGUCACGACGUCCAGAGAGGCGAAUAUCAACAUUAAAGUUCUCCCUGGUCCUGUGUCCGAUGUCACCGUGGUGGAGAGGCAGUCCAAUAAGCUGCUGUUGAGCUGGACUCCUGGAAAUGAUGGUUUCUCUCCUCUGAGUAAAUGUCUCAUCAGGGUCAAGAUGGUGAGUCGGAGGAAAGGUGAGGUGAUGACCACUCGCUUCGUCAACGCCACGGUUCCUCCUUUCCAGAGCGAGGUCCCCGGGCUGCAGGCCAUGACGUGGUACAACAUGAGUGUUUCCUGCAGCAAUGAGGUGGGAGCCUCUCCGGUCACCACGUGGAUCCAGAGCAACACCACAGAGGGAGUGCCAUCAGUGUAUCCCAAAAACGUCACCGUGCAUCUCAACGAGUCAUGGUUGGUGAUCAGUUGGAAAGCGCCCCCAGAUGAUAAGAUAAACGGCAUCCUGCAAGGCUAUGAUGUCAUCGUCAGACACGGCGCUCAAGUGAACAAGAUCCACAGUAACUCCACCACGCUGUAUGAAGCUGUGCAGGAAUUCAACGUGACCUACAGUGUGGAGGUGGCUGCCUGCACGCAGGCCGGGAGCGGCAUGGUCAGCCCACGAGUCUGGCUCUUUGUGCCAGAGGACAAAUCGUUGGUGACCCCGUCCUCCACCCCCGACACCGGGGUCCCAGACUCUGUGUAUGUGGUUCUGGGUGUGGUCUGUGGCUUCUGUUUGCUGCUGCUGAUCCUCUGGGGGGCAAUCUGUAUACACAACAGGACCUCUGACUCUUGGUUUGGGCGGAUGUUUGGAGGUGGAGAGAAGCUGCAGCCCAUUGUUCAAUAUCAGAGAUCCUACAACCGAUCAGUCAUUGGAGUCACACUGGGGAACCUCGGCAUCAGUGAGGAGCUGCAGGCCAAACUCCAGGACGUGAUGGUUUUGAGGACUUUGCUCUCCAUCGGGAAGAUUCUUGGAGAGGGUGAGUUUGGCUCCGUGGUGGAGGGACACUUGAGACAGAUGGACGGGACAUCAGAGAAAGUUGCAGUGAAGACGAUGAAAUUGGACAGCUUCUCUCAGAAGGAGAUCGAAGAGUUCCUGAACGAGGCGGCCUGCAUGAAAGACUUCAACCAUCCUAAUGUCAUCAGACUCCUCGGUGUGUGUUUGGAAGUCGGCCCUGGAAACUUCCCCAAGCCGAUGGUCAUCCUCCCGUUCAUGAAGUAUGGAGAUCUGCACAGCUUCCUGCUGCGCUCACGCCUGGGAGAGAGUCCUGUGUUCUUGCCCACUCAGACGCUCCUGAAGUUCAUGGUGGACAUCGCUCUGGGGAUGGAGUAUCUCAGCAGUCGUAACUUCCUGCAUCGAGAUCUGGCGGCUCGUAACUGCAUGCUGCGUGACGACAUGACGGUGUGUGUCGCAGACUUCGGGUUAUCUAAGAAGAUCUACAGCGGGGAUUAUUACAGGCAGGGCCGGAUCGCCAAGAUGCCCGUGAAGUGGAUCGCCGUAGAGAGUCUGGCAGACCGGGUUUUUACUGUAAAGAGUGACGUGUGGGCGUUUGGCGUCACCAUGUGGGAGAUUUCCACAAGAGGCAUGACCCCGUACCCCGGCAUCCAGAACCACGAAAUCUACGACUACCUGCUGGAAGGACACAGACUGAAGCAGCCCACAGACUGUCUGGAUGAGCUGUAUGAAAUCAUGUACAGCUGCUGGAGGGCCGACCCGUUAGACCGACCCGUCUUUACUCAGCUGAGGGAAGUGUUGGAGAAGCUCACAGAGAAGCUUCCAGAGUCUUUCAGCAAAGACGACAUCAUCUACAUCAACACCAGCUUCCCUGAAGAAGACCACGAAGGAGAAACUCUUCCUGCAGAGCAUCCUCUGUUCAACUCCUCGCCCUCCUGCAGCCACCAGGCCGCAGAGAACUCAGUGGUUACUGCGGACAUUCACGGGAGUCUGGAGGAAGAGGAGGAUGAUGAAGACCGGUACGUGGUGGUGAUCUCCUCCGACCCCUCCUCCAGACCUCCUGCGGUGAACACUCCUCUUUUAACGAGACGAGCUAACGGCGGCGCGGUCACUGACGCAGGAGGGACAGGUGACCACAGCUCGAGCGACACGUCCCGCCUGCUGUGAAGAUCUGGACUGUGAUGAAAAUGAAACGCCUCAUUGCACUGGGAGCACCUUGACAUUUCCUCAUGUGUACUUUGUGUAGCAUUGUUGUACCUGCAGUUAAUGCGUUCCAUGGCCAGCCUGCAUGUCAGUGUUAGGAGUGAUGUUCAUGCUUCAUAAGCUUAAGAGAAACUGAACUGUGAAAGUGUUUACUGUACUGGAUGUUGUUUUAUGAUGUAAAUAUAGAAAUGUACAGAAAUUUAUAAAAUGAUUUUAUUUACUGUCAAACAAAUGAUUCUUGUAUUUCAUUAAAACAGCACAAGUUUA